CAUCAACUGACCAAUAUCCACAUUCUUCUUAGACUCUCUUCCUUGUGACCUUUCUUUUUUCUCUUUUGGGAUACAUGUAAUCGACUAAUAGACCCGAUAAUUGCUUACUUGCUUCCAAGGCUGACACUAUUAUCACUUCUUCAACACACCACACCUCUCACCUCUCACUUCGUUGGCGAUGCCGCAACUGGCCUAGGAAAACCGUGCGGGACGAAAGCGAAAGAAGAAGAAGAGGGCCAUCAUCGACUAUAACAACGCUAUGACCAGCGAUAGCGUAAAUAAUAAUUCGACAGCUGGUGGAGCUUCGAGACCGUUUCGACCCGCUAGAGUUGCCGCGAGGACCAAACUACGCAAUGGCACCUGGAUCAUACCCGGUACUGGCGAACGCACUCGUCGCCAGUUCACCCUUCGCUUCCCUCACCUUGACGGUCCCGGAGACGAUGACAACAUGCGAUCCCUCGCAGAAGGCGAAACGGUGAAGGAAAAGUUUCGGAAUAUGUGGCACAAUACUCUUGUGGCCGCUGCUAGCUUGUGGGCAUGGACGAACUCUCCCAAAGGACGAGGCACUAUCAAGUGCUCCAUCGCGUACCUGCUAGCCAGCAUGGGCACCUUCUGGCCGCCUGCUGCAAAUUUCCUCGGUCAGCUAGAUGGGAAACAUAUUGUAGCUACAAUAUCUGUUUAUUUCCAUCCGGCAAGGUCGGCAGGAUCGCAAAUUGAGGCUGUUACUAUUGCUAUUAUUGCCGUAUGCUACGCCAUGUUCAUUGGCACCAUGUCUAUGGCUACUUCGGUGCUUUUCGGCUCCGUGUUGGAGAUGGUAGAACUCUCGUAUGUCUUGGUUCUAGUCAUAUUCAUCGGCGGCGGCUUGGGAUUCGUCGGAUGGGUCAAGCAAAAACUUAAUAAUCCUUUAGUGAGUGUUGGUGCCAGUAUAGCAUCCAUUGGCAUCAUCACCAUUAUAACAAAGGAGAAUUCGGUUCACACUGGUGUUUUCACCAACCAGAAGAUCAUUCAAUCAUUGAAGAUCUUGCUCAUGGCUACUACGAUUUCAACCUUGGUCAACUUGACCAUUUGGCCCGUUUCUGCUAGACUAGCGCUCCGCAAGUCUAUGCGCAAUGCGUCCACUUCACUCGGCGAUAUGCUAUCCUUGAUCGCGAGUGGCUUUUUGAGCGGCGUUGAGGAGGAUUUUACUUCAAACGCUUUCACUAAAGCUUCGACUGCCUAUACCUCGAACCUCACUCAGAUGAACAAAAACGCACGCGAGUCUAAGUAUGAGUAUUAUUUCCUAGGACAGGAAAAAAUAUAUAGACACGAUAAAGCUGUUGUAAAGACUAUGGAGAACCUAGCCCAGUCAAUAGGUGGAUUGAGAAGUGCGGCUAAUACCCAAUUUGAGCUACUCAAGGAAGUGGCUAAUGGACCUCCGUCUGCCCAUUCAGCUGUCUCUCCUACCAAUGUAUUUUCUCCCGUGUUUAGUCGAUCUCUAUCUGCAACACUCAAGAGCGGCAGCACCAGGUUUGGCUCCCUUGGUGCUAUUGAUGAGGCUCCUGACGAGCGGAGUGAUCCUGACGAUCCACAGUCGCAUGAGGCGGACAUAACAUCCGCUAUGCUGGCUUCUUCUGGUACGUCAUUAAGAACGCCUUCUGAUAUAUUCGAACUGUUCAUCGUCCGUCUUGGGCCUUCUAUGAAGUCACUAGUUCAUACAAUGGCCGAGAUGCUCAAAGAACCCCCCUUUGGUGACCCUGGCUCUCCUAUCAUGAUCAACGAGAAUUUCAAGCAUAGCUUAGGGGAUGCCAUCAGUUUAUAUAAUCAGGCUAGAGGAAAUGCGCUAGAAGAGAUCUACAAGACCAUCGAGCUAGGCAGGAAUAGAUCCGAGUCCGUUCAAGCGGACUUCGAGGAAGUGGCGGCGGCGUGUGGGCAUUUCACUUUUAGUCUCCUUAGCUUUGCCGAUGAGAUGCAGGUAUACUUGGAUACGCUAGAAGACUUGAGGGAUGCCACCGAACAAAAGAAGCGAACCUGGAAGUGGCUUAUGUUUUGGAAGCACAUCAAGACUUCGAAACGGAAGAAGGAUGAUCCAGAGCAACUCACUCUCAUCGAGCCCGUCAAGCGAAUGAGACAGUCUAAACUUCCCCAAGGUAUUCCCGCUGCUAUUAAGAACCGGCGUGGUACCGUUACUUGGGAUGCGGCACCGCAGGGCGAGAGUAUAUGGGAUCAUUGUGUUCGGUUUGCCUCGCGGAAUCUCUUGAAAUUCUUCACGUUCCUCUCACGAGAUGACAUCAAGUUUGGCCUCAAGGUUGGCAUUGGCGCUGCUCUUUACGCCAUGUUUGCCUUCAUCCCUGAAACACGACCUGUAUAUGCGCAUUGGCGAGGCGAAUGGGGACUUUUGUCCUUCAUGAUCGUUUGCUCGAUGACCGUGGGCGCGUCCAACGCUACUGGCAUGGCUCGGUUCACGGGUACCAUUUUGGGUGCUGCCUUUGUUUUGGUCAACUGGUGGAUAUCGGAUGGCAACCCUUACGCUCUCGCCUUUUUGGGAUGGGUCGUCGCCUUUGGUGCCUUCUAUAUCAUGAUCAGUCGUGGUAAUGCGCCGUUCGGUCGCUUCAUAUUACUAAGCUACAACGUGUCGUCAUUAUACGCAUACUCACUCACUCAACAAGUCGACGACGAUGACGACGACGAGGGUGGGAUUCAUCCUAUAAUCAGCUCGAUUGCGUAUCAUAGAGUUGUCGCCGUGUCCGUAGGUAUCGUUUGGGGUCUCAUAAUAUGUCGCCUCAUCUGGCCUAUGCCCGCCCGGCGCAAGUUUAAGGAGGGACUGGCCGUGCUCUACCUCCAAAUGGGUCUCAUUUGGAAGCGAGGUCCAUUGGCUAUCCUUCUACGCACUACCAAAGCCACAAAUAGUUACAUGAAGAUGGGAGAACAGGCGGCGAUGCAACGGUACGCAACUCAACUACAGACGCUUCGCGCGGCCGCGAAUAAUGAGUACGAGCUGCGGGGCCCCUUUCCCUUUGAGGCGUAUGGGCGAAUUAUGACAUCAACACAACGGGCACUCGACGCGUUCCACGCUAUGAGCCUCGUGACGCAGAAACACGGACGCCUCAGCCCCGGUGAGAAGGCGCUGCUGUAUUACACAGCUGAGGAGCGGCAGCAGCUCUGCGCGCGUAUCUGCCACGUAUUCCAGGUUCUAGCAUCCAGCGUCAUGCUCGAGUACCCUCUGACCGACGCUAUCCCGAGUGUUAUGGUCAUCCGGGAUAAGCUACUUGGCAAGAUUUUCCGAUUCAGAAAGGAGCACAGCGGCGGUGUUGGAUUUGGCGGGUCCGGUUACUUCAACGAGGGGAGUCGGUCGAACUCGGUUGUGGAUGAGGCAGGUAGGGAACCGUCUACGCCUACUUCGAGCCACGGAUUUGGGAACGGGAACGGCAGCGCAAGUGCAGACGCAAACGCGAGUCCUGGCGGGGAUGGAAGUACUAAAUUGCCGAAACUGGGCGACGUCACGGUGGAGGAGCCGGACUACGCGCUCUUGUACGCGUACGCAUUGGUCACGGGCCAGCUCGCGAAUGAGUUGAAGGUGGUGGAGAAGGAAAUUGAAGCCUUGUACGGACGACUUGAUGAAGAUGCGAUGUUGUUGCAGUAAGUCACGUUUUUGGCGGUGGACGUGUGCCCGGCUCGGUCGGGAUAUACAUAUACUUAUAUACACACCUAUAUAUAUAUUAUGAAGCAUCCUUAGCGAAAACAUAGUUAGUCUUCUGGGAUCAGACUUGGAUGGACGUAAGUUUAGGCUUGGUCUCUCUAUAUAUUUUUUUAGGGGUUGGAGGUCUGUUUUUCUUUUUCGUAUCCAAGCAUUAAAAUAUCCAUCUAUACUGGUUUGAAGGGAGAUUAGUCAUAUGUGGG